AUGCCCGAGGGCCUCCUCCUGUUCGCGACCACGAUCUCCGACAUUCUCACUGAGUUCUGCCCAGGGAUUGAAACCCUGAUCAUGGGUGACGUCACGUAUGGGGCGUGCUGUAUAGACGACUAUACAGCGCGGGCAAUGGGGUGCGACCUGUUGGUGCACUACGCACACAGCUGUCUGAUCCCGGUGGAUGUUACUAAGAUCAAAACCUUGUACGUCUUCGUCGACAUCAGCAUUGACACAUCGCACCUGCUCGCCACGCUCGAGCGUAACUUUGCCCCCGGGAAGACGGUUGCCCUGGUCGGGACAAUACAGUUCAACGCGACAAUUCACGGCGUUCGAUCAACGCUGGAGAAGGCUGGGUUCAAGGUUAUUGUACCCCAGAUUGCGCCGCUCUCCAAGGGUGAGAUUCUGGGUUGCACCUCACCAAACUUAUCCACAUACACCGACAGCCCCGUGGAUUUGAUCCUGUACCUAGGCGAUGGCCGCUUCCAUCUAGAAAGCAUCAUGAUCCACAACCCCGAUAUUCCGGCCUACCGGUACGACCCAUACUCCCGGAAGCUAACGCACGAAACGUACGGGCACAACGAGAUGCAGGACAUCCGGCGGGACGCUAUCCGAACGGCCAAGAAGGCCGCCAAAUGGGGACUGAUCCUAGGCUCAUUAGGACGGCAAGGGAACCCGCACACGAUGGCGUUAAUUGAAGCCAAGUUGAAAAAGAUGCAUAUCCCGUUUGUCAACUUGCUGCUGAGCGAGAUCUUCCCAGGCAAGCUGGCAAUGAUGAGCGACGUUGAUUGCUGGGUGCAGGUGGCGUGCCCACGGUUGAGCAUCGACUGGGGAUACGCCUUCUCGCGGCCGCUGCUAACGCCUACGACUGUCCAUCCACUAUUCACACCCGGAUACUAG